GUAGCUAUGUUGCCCUGCACUUUUGAUCAGAACGUUCGUGUUCCUAAUGAGCAGCAUGCAGUCCAAUUCAUCAUUAAUUCAGAUCUGUCUUCUUGAUUGAAGUAUUUGGGUAAGGAGUCACGGCGCGUUCAUGUAUUCCCAGUCUCGCUCAACGCCGUCCAAUCGCCUCCAACCAUAGGCGGUCCGAUCCGUCCCUGUUUCACACCGCGUCCCCUCCCCGUGCCUGCCUCCUCCUCCUCCUCUCCUCCCCUCCGCUUGGCUGCCUUAUCAUCGCUUCCUUAUUGCCAAACCUGCAAAGACAGGGCUGUACUGAAUGCAGCGUAAUUUUGACCCAUGUUCCAUUAGCUGAGCGGCCCCGAGGGCACGAGGCUUCCGCGCGGGACUGUAAUGCUACACUGUCCUCCCUCUCCGGCCAGUUCAUCCUCCUCAGCAGCGCAGAGCAAUGGACCUGAAAGCGUAGCGCUCCUCCAGCACAGCAUAUCUGCAGUCACCUGCGACUCCAAUUGGCAAUCAAUAUUGAUAGAGUAUUUGUAAGGAUUACAGCCAUAAGGCAACACGUCGCGGGGGGGAAGGCUGGAAUUAUGAAGCGCUGUCAACAUGUCUAAGGCCACUGUUAAGAAGCUGCACUGGCGCUCAAAAGUGCAGGAGAGCUUCGUCCCGCUGGGCGGAGGCUCGGGAGAGCUUGGCGUGGCCAUUGGAGGUGGUGCAGAUUAUGGAGAGUUCCCAUUCGUUACUGCAGCACCUGGGGGAGGAGCCACUGUUGGAGACAUCAUCCUUGAGAUUGGGGGAACACCUGUCCUGGGACUAACUUUGGGAGACGUAAGAGGGGUUCUCAACUCAUGUCCACAUCCCAUUCGGAUCAAAACCGUCUCUCCAGGCUCGACUCUCUGUAAGGAUCUAAGACUUUACCUGAGCAAGUGCUUUACACCAGGAUCCAUGGACAGCCAACUCCAACAAGUCAUACGGGAGAACCUCUACCUGCGCGCCGUGCCCUGUACAACAAGGCAACCACGGGACGGAGAAAUCUCAGGGGUGGAUUAUAACUUUGUGUCCAUUGAAGAAUUUUUCUCUCUGGAAGAGUCUGGAGCCUUGCUGGAAAGUGGGAAGUUCAAAGGGAACUAUUAUGGCACACCUCGGCCAGUUCACAUCGGUCCUGACAGCCCCCCCAUUACAUACCAGGAACAUCGAAACCUCCUGAGGAACUUCCGUACCCGCAGCAAAUCACUCAGCAACCUGGAAAAAGCAGUGGAGGAAGGUGACAACAGCGAGGAAGACUCUGGUCUGUCAGCGGGGUCCGCAGGGGCCAGCAGUGCGCCUCCUACCACCAUUGUCUCACCUAAUCAGACAUGGGACUUGGGCGGCGUGCGGGACGGAGGGCUUCCCAUUGAGAACGGAGCACGUGGAGGGGCAUUGCCUGAAAACUGGGAGCUGGCGUUCAGUGACACAGGAGAACCCUAUUACAUCAACCAUAACUCAAAGACCACAAGCUGGCUGGACCCAAGGACUCAGGGCAAAGAGAUUGUCAGCAAGACAGAGUUACCUGCAUUCACAGACCAGCCAUCUGAUCUGAAGGGCUAUUCCAUACACACUCGCUUGCUGAAGGGACCCCGUGGGUUUGGCUUCAACAUUGUGGGUGGCAGCAGACCUCGAGAGUUUCUGCAGGUGUACAGUGUCACUCCCGGGGGACCGUCUGCACUCAAAACAGCGGAUAUCCUGGUGUACAUCAACGACUCAUGUGUGCUGGGUUUGUCUCAUAAAGAAGUAGUAGAAAUGCUGAAAUCCGUCCCCAUGGGUCACAGUGUGGAUGUUGUUCUUCGUCGAGGUUACCCCAUGCUCUACAACCCUGAUGGCUGCCCCAAAACCAGUCUCGCCUCCCCUUCUGACACACCCAACACCAACCCUGCAGCCCCUGGUUCUGCUCAAUCCCAGGUCCAGCAUCCUGAUGGACAGCAACCUGCCUUUGUGAACCUCAACCGCUCCAUGUCACUCCACAACAACUUCUACCCCCGCAUGCAGAAAGAGGCCUUGGAUGCCAAUGGGAACACUGCACCCCAGCCUUCCUACUCAAUGGCCAAUGGAAAUGGAGUUGGAGGGAUUAUAGGGCUGGGGGCGGUGCCUUUAUCAAACGGCCCCGCCCCUUCAGAGCGAAUGAGCUCCAGUCAUAGCGAUACAGAGGUCAGCUCUGUUGUCACACGCAGAGCUUCCCUUAUCAGAAGCUACAACAACAACUCUCUUCCAGCCCCUUCUCACACCAAUCACAGUUCCAAGUCUUCCGAGAGUGAUUUCUCUUCUACUGCGCUCCCACUACCCCAGCCUGAGGUGGGUCCUACUGCUCCACCACCAGGAGCACCCAGCAUCCAGCGGCCUCCCAUGCCCCAAACAUCUCUUGCCGUCGCACCCCCAACCGAGCACCCACCCUGUGGUUUCAACGGGUGUCCAGCCAACAACCCCCCGCGGCCUCUCCCGGGUGGCCUAGGGUCCCCAGGAGCCCCAGGUGGGGUAGGCUGUGGGGGAGGGGGUGAGCUGGUACCUGUGGCCUUGGGCAGGAGCGAGGGAGGGGGAAUGGGUUUCAGUGUGACGGCUGGGGGGCAGGGAGGUCAGUUGGCAGUGGUGAAGAGAGUCUGGGACAGGCGACAGUGCCACUCCUUACAGCCAGGGGAUGCCAUUAUUAAAAUCAACGGGGCUGAUGUGCAGAGCCUCAGCUUUGCACAGGUGCAGCGGGUGCUGCAAGAACAUACCAAACAGGGGGAGGUGGUCUUACUGGUUUACAGAGGAGGUCCUCUUUGCUCCCCAGGCUCCCCGAAUGCCUAUAAGAGACCCCCUCCUUCACUGGGCACUCCUGAUCUGACCUCGCCCUCCUCUGAUGGUGCUGUGCCCAGCCAGAGCACCCUCUCUCCCUCCUCGCCCUGUGGUGACCUUCCCAACCUGGUCCAAAGCACCAGCUUCCUGGACUCAGUGCCCGUUACCCUGACCCUAGAGCCUCGGGACUGGUUAGGAGUGGAGGACGGACCUGCUCAGUGGAGCCGAACUGCUGUCUCUAACCCUGGCGCAGUAUCUAAAAGCCAUGUGGACACAAGGGCAGCAAUCUCUUCCAGAGCCAUGGAUGUGGAGUUGAGACGAAGACCAGGAGAAGGAUUCGGGUUUGUCAUUGCAUCCCAGGAUGUAGUGAAUGGAACCUCGUCUCUAGUGUCUCAUAGGUUUGUGACGGUGCGUCGGGGGAGCCCAGCGGCGCGCAGUGGUCAGAUUCAGCCAGGAGAUCAGCUAGAGGCUGUGGAGGGCAGAUCGGUGGUCACGCUGCCUCACAGAGACCUUGCACAGAUCCUACGCAGAGCUGGAAACACACUCAGACUCACCAUCGUACCACGCUCUCACACCAACAAUAAUCUGCCUGAAUACCCUGACUUUGAUGCUGAGAGCCGGUUGAGGAAAGGGCAUCGGGCCAAGCAAAAGGAUUCCCAGUUUUAUAAUGUUGAUCUUGAGAGGGGACCAACAGGAUUUGGUUUUAGUUUGCGAGGUGGAAGUGAGUAUAACAUGGGUCUGUAUGUGCUUGGUCUGAUGGAGGGCGGCCCGGCCUCACGCAGUCAGAAAAUACAGGUGAGUGAUCAGCUGGUGGAGAUUAAUGGAGACAGCACAGUCGGCAUGACACACAGCCAGGCCGUUGAGCAGAUCCGAAAGGGAGGAGCACGGAUACACCUCGUACUGAAGAAAGGCAACGGAUACGUACCGGAUUAUGACCAUGAAGCCGGAGCCGCUUCCCCCUCCUCCGUCUUCUCCGAGGAGCCGCUGGUGGCUGCAGUAGAUCACACUCCUCUGAGGAGCAGCAGAUGGGUGGAUGACAGUGGACGAGAGAGAAGAGAGAGGAGGGGGAAGGGUAGAACGAGUAGAGGAAGUGGAGCAGACGAGGGCAAGCAUGGCUGGGCAGAGGACGUCAGCACAGUUGGUAGCUCCCGGUCCACGAGGAGAAGGAAAGAGCAACAGAUGCGUUCACGGAGUUUACCUGGUACACUGAGAGGCCAAGAAGGGUCACGGAGAGAAGAAGAUGAAGAAGAGGAGAAGGGAGAUGGAAAACAGGGGGAAAGGAAGGGAGAGGGGGAGCGGCAAAGAGGAAGGCAAAAAAGCAAAAGCAUGGGGGAGAGAAGACAAAAAGCAAAAGAUGUUAGGUCACAGAGGGAGAACAGCCUCCCAGUGAAUGGAGAAAAGGAGGGAGGAAGAGAAAAGAGGGAUAAGAACAGAUCCAGCACAACCGAGGUCACACAACGCGCACCUUUCUCCUUCCUCAUGCCUUUGGACAAUGACGAUGAUGGGUCAGGCGCAGAAUCGGCUCACAGCUUCUCUGAAGUCAGUGUGUCUGCAGCCAGCAUCGCAUUUUUGGGGACUCAGUGGCCCCCGGAUCCCUUCAGCCCUUCAGAGGCUUCCGGAUCUUCAACAAAAGCCCCGGGACCCUGGCUUGUCCCUAGCCCUCACAAACUCUCUCAGGUUUUAGAGGGGAAAAGGCUGAGCCAGAAAAAUGAAGGACUGUGGUCCUAAUGCUAUUUCACCUUAAAGGGAUAGUUCACCUAAACACACCUCCUCAUGUCAUUCCAAUACUGUAUGACCUUCCUUCUUCGAGAAGAAUUGUGAAGUUAAGCUGUUUAGCCCAAAGUAUACUUCUUAUGUGAAUGGAAGCAUGCUUGCACAGCCUUUUUAAAGUGUAAUCUAUUUGUAAGCAUAUUGUAGACCAGUGUCUCUCAACCACAUUCCUCGGAGAACCACCAGCUCUGCACAUUUUGCUUGUCUCCUUAACCAAACACACCUAAUUCAGAUCAUCAGCUCAUUAGCUGAUGAAAGUCACGGGCUGUUUCUCAAUAUGUGUUUUUCAGUGAACUUGUGUGCUUGUGUUUUCAUGUAACAUGUUUAUCAACCAUGAAAGUUCAGUUCCAAAACUCAGACUGCAAGAAUGCAGGACGCGAGAAAGUUCCCUGAUGUGUUCUUGGUAUCGAGAAUGCACCAGUGCACCAAUGCUGACUUGAGCACGCGAACUCCCUCUAGAAGUCCCAGAAUUCGUUGUGGAUGAAUAAAGAAGGUGGGAAGUGCAGAAUUUUAUAUAGAUUUCUUCAGUCUCUUAAAUGUUCAGAGAUAAAACUUUUAAGAUUAAAAAAGUAAACGAUACCAUGAAAUGGCAUGGAGACACCCCACCCCCGCUCUUCAUUUUCGUCUAAGACACUAAGCAAAAAUUUCCGUUAAAAAUUUGUGAAGGUCUUGUGACCAUCAAGAAAGAACACAGCAUCUUAUUUCUCACAGGAUGUGUUCUGUGUUUCUACGGUCGUUCUCGUUCUUCCGAGGUGACCUGGCAAGACUGGUCUUCAUAAGAACGCAAGUCUCUCUGCAUUCUAGGAAUUGAGAAACAGCCCAUGUUUCCUUAAGCAGAGUAACAAGGGAGACAUCCAAAACAUGCAGCGUUGGAGGUCCUCCAGGAAGGUAGUUGAGAAACACUGCUGUAGACACUUUACAGGUGCACACUAAAAAAAGUCAUUCUCCUUCAGUGUCUGCUUUUUCUUUCCAAAAGAUGCCUUGCCUUAUAAACAUGGGCGUCUACAGUGGUUUAAUGUUGUAUUUCUUUCCUGAUUGUCAAAGACAUUAAUAUAACUUGUAUAUUACAUUAUAUUCCAAUUCUCAAGAGUCAUAUAAUAGCCAUAUUCAGACCAAUCCCCAAAUUAAUGUUAUCUAAAUCAGUGUUUCUCAACCACGUUCCUGGAGGACCACCAACCCUGCAUGUUUUAGAUGUCUCCUUUGUCUGUCAAAACCA